AUGCGACCGGCGAAGCUAAGCGCGCGGCUGCCCGCGCUGCUGCUGCUGGCGCUGGUUCUGUCGCCGCGCGGGACCCAGGGGAGGCCCGGGGGCCGCAGGGGCGCGCGCGUCGCGGGCGAGGAGUCGAAGCCCUGGCUGUCCCUCCCCGCGGCCUCCCGGAGCGCAGGUAAGCAGCCCCGCGGGAGCAGGCAGUCAGAAAUAUUCCCAAGAGAUUUGAACUUAAAAGACAAAUUCAUAAAGCAUUUCACAGGGCCGGUCUCGUUUUCAGCCGAGUGUAGCAAACAUUUCCACAGGCUCUACCACAACACCAGGGACUGCUCCACACCAGCUUAUUACAAAAGAUGUGCUAGAUUGCUCAAAAGAUUAGCAGUGAGUCCUCUGUGCUCACAGGCAUAGAAGACCUACGUGUAUUUCUUAAGAACGUAAAUCUAAUUCGAAGGAAAAAUAGUACCUGGAAUCGUACUAACUGUAAAAAAGAGAGAAACUUCUAAUUUUAUGGUGUAUUAAGAUGAGUAAAAUAAGAGACUUCUCAGAAAUAACUGGUGAGCUGUGUCCUAGCAUAGGAUGCAAUCUUCCUUGGUUUAUUUUGGUGUAUAUAGUAAUUUGAAAUUUUUUAAUACAAAGUUUA